UAUUUUCCGCCAUUAUAACCACCAUUAUACAAGUCUUCCUCUUUUUCCUACUACUACUAUUUCGUUUCAAUCAACGCCAAUGGCUGCUACCUACAAUGUCAACAACUCCGUUUCAAAGCCUUCCCUUUACCUUCAGGAUAUGGACGAAGUCCAGAAAGUGUUCCAACGGUUCGACACUAACGGAGACGGCAUGAUCUCCCGCGAAGAGCUCUCUAGCGUCAUCAAUGCUCUUGGAUCUGGUACAUCUCCUGAAGAGGUCACUCGUAUGAUGGAUGAAAUUGAUGCCGAUAGAGACGGUUUCAUUAGCCUCCAGGAAUUUGCUGAGUUCUGCAAGGGAGACGUUAACAGCGUCGGUGACGGUGGCGUUAAGGAGCUUCGUGAAGCCUUUGAUCUAUACGAUCAGGACAGUAACGGAUUGAUCUCCGCCGUUGAGCUUCACCAGAUCCUGACUCGUUUGGGCGAAAGUUGCUCCGUUCAGGACUGUACCAAAAUGAUCGAGUCCGUUGAUUCCGACGGCGACGGUUACGUUAACUUUGAAGAGUUUAAGAAGAUGAUGACUAAUAAUAGCAAGCAGGCUCUCUAGGUUUUUUCUUAUUGUUAGUUUUUGUUUACUCUCCUUUUAGCGGCUGAUAUAAGGUGAGGCACACGGGAUUAUAGUGCGUCCCUUGAUAGGGUACAGUUUCUACCUCUAACUGAUGAUAGUCGGAGAAACCGUAAGAAAAAACUUUAAGAUGAAUUUGUUAGGUUGACGCCGUUAACAGUAAAUGUCGAUUCUGAAUUCAGUUUAUCUGAUGUUGAUGAAAUUUUAGUUUUUUGUCUCUGA